ACAAACAUUGUAAUUGAAUAGAGGGCGCUAUAGAUGGUAAUCGAGAUCGGUAAGAAUCGUGUGGAUUUCUCCGUGGACUGAGUUUGUAUAAUGGCAGAGUUAGCGGCUCCUGUUAGAGUUUCUCCAUUUAUAAGGGGUUGCAGAUGGGGUGCUCUGGUCCUUGGUAUUAUGUGGGGAAUAAGUAGACAAAGCUCACUUUCCAAAAAAGAAGCAAAAUUGAGAGAAAUAGAAGCUAAGAAAAAAGUGAUUUUGGAUGCCAAAAGAGCAGAAGAAAAGAAACGUCUUAAUAAAGUUUUGUCUUUGGUGUUUAUCAAGCUGAUUGGUCUUCCUGCUGCUGUUGUAACCUGUGGUUUUUGUACAUCAAAAGUAGAGUGGAGCAUGAAGAUGUUAGUACUAAUAUUUUGAUGCUGUUUGGAAAUU